AUGAGAGAUGUUGAUGAUGAACAAAUCAAAUAUGGCAUAGUUGUGAGUGAUAGUAUUAAAGUAGAUGAUAAAGUCAAGGGUAUUGUUAGUGAGAUAGUACCUGAAAAUAUGAUAGGGAAUAUUGAUAAAUAUGAAUUACCUACUAUAAGCAAGGAUG